AUGCAGCUGCUCUCCGCUCUCCUCCUCCUCGCCCCAGCCCUCGCUUCACCCAUUGCCCAGCGCCAGGAGGGGCAAACUUGCGGGCAGAAAUCAACCAAAGUCUCCGAGUGGACGCUCACCAACUUCGACUACCACGCCAGCUACACUUUUAGCACGCCCGCACACCAGAACUCGUGGGGCUACAUCAGCUUCAACGUCUCGAACCCCGUCCUCGACUACAUCAUCUCUUGCAGCGCCGCCAGCAGCCGCCUCAGCGACUUCUUCUACGGCGACCAGGUCUACACAUGCAACCCGCCCGAGGGCGAGAGUGCCGCAACCUCGUUCACCUGGAGUUACCCAAACGGCGCCCUCACGCUGAACCAAUCUUGGACUUGCAAUGAUGAUCCCAAGUAUCCUGCUCGCUACACUGCAAAGGGAGACGCUGUCGCUGAUCUCAAGUGCGAUGAGACUUCCUGGCAAAACGACAACUGGACCGUUGGACAGAUCUACUCCCAGCGCAACAUCAAGUGCGGCAUCAUCACGCUGCCCACCCCCAUCAAAGAGAUCUACGGCGUCGCUUAA